AUGGAAAGCGAUGGACAGAAAGUAAAAUGGGACCGAGAAUCUCUCAAGCGAAGCAGAGUGGAGUUUGAAGAAGAUGAGUCAACUGAUGAUGAUGAUGACUCUGAAUACAAUGAAUUAGAUGAUUCUGAGGAAGAAGAAUGGUGGAAGGAAGAUGAGAGCGAAGAGCUGGAUCGUGAACGGGACAUUGAAGAGCACGAGUAUACCACCUCCGGCGACACGGCACGAACGGUGAAGAUUCGCCUCUUUUUGACUGAUGAGGAAACGAACGAGCCUACCUGGAUGACAAAUUUCGUCGCCGAAUGCACUUGUGACGGCGUCGUUGUCGCCACCGCUCUGGCUCGGUAUAUUCAUCGAGAGGGCAUGCGCUCCGAAUUCUGGGAAAAGAUGGAAGAGCCCAGCGAGGAAACAUGCAAUGUGGCUUUCCAUGUCUUUGAUCGAUAUGGAACAGUCAAGGCCAAGUAUAAGGACCAUCCAGCACAAAGAGGAACUGGUGCAUGGGGAAACGAGCUGGACCACGGCCCUCUUUUCCUGAUCGAAAAACUUCAUGUUAGGGCAGUGAAUCUGCGCCGGAAAGGUCUGGGGCAGAAAAUAGUGUCUUUACUUUUGAACAAAGCCCGGCUGUUCUGCCUAGACGACAAGCCAGAUGGCGAACAUGCAGACUUUAUCUACGGUUCCAAUAAGGCCUUUGAGCUAGCUUGGACUCUGCAUGCUCUAGUUAGUCCCGGAGUACUAACAGCUGAUAUUGAAUCUCAGCUAGUGGGCAAGUCUGCAGAAGAACGCUUAACGAUACGGACUCGAACUCAAUCCGCUGCUAUUGACUUUUGGCGAUCGUGUGGUUUUCGCCGAAUCGGAGCAUCUCGGUGUUUCGCAUUCUCGUUCGAUCUCCAGCAUCCGUCUCGCGCCAUUGCGGCGGCUUCUGAUUUCGACCCGCGUACGAGCCAUGCUAAAGAUCUUGAGAACGAAGAACUCGAAGUUUUCUAUGAAGCAGAUCGAUUUACUGGGGUAAAGAAAACGAAAAUGGACAGACUUCGUGACGCGUUGCCGCUGCAUCAUGCAGCCCUUACUAUGAUGGAUGAAGAGCUCAAAACUUUUUUCGCCACUCAUGCCGACGACGAGAUUGACUGGGACCGAGUGACGAACUCUGAAGCCACGCUUCUGCAUAUAACAGCUUGCAAGCUUAAGCCCAUGAGUACACAGUGGCUACUUGAGAAUGUCCACUACGCCGACCGCUGGAAGACGGCCCGUGAUAUUGACGGGUACACCCCGCUCGAAGCGUUACAGGAGACUCUAGAGAAAAUGCGAACGCGAAAGGAAUACGGCUUUCUCAGGGUCUUGCAUCUAUCAGACCACUUUGAAGGGUACCCUGACGCUGCAGUGGCCUGUCUCUCCUUGCUAUUUGGGCAGGAAGCUUUGGGGUUUGAUAGAGCAUGCCUCCGCUACGGAUGUACAUGCGGAGGGUGUGUUGGAGGAUUUAUAUCCGCCAGAAUGAGGACCUCUUUAGUCCUUCAGGGCGAGACUACGUUCGACUUUAUGCAGGAUGAUAUUGAUGAUGGCCGCGUCUGGAUAGAGGACAAUGCAUUCAAGCUCGAGCAUCUCGAUCUCGAGGUGCGAAAGAACCUCAAAACCAACAAGUCUCUACGAAAAGGCUUUGUGAAUAUUUUCCAAAUUGCCGCGGAGUGUCUUAAGGCAAGAAAAGUUCCCACCGUGGAGAAUCUCGAGCGGUGCUGUAACAACCGGAGCGAGUGGCCACCUCAUACCAAGAACUACCUGCGACGCGCUGGUACGCAGAUGGGCUUUCGGGCAGUGCUUCGUUGCAUGUUCGACGCCGCUAAGGAAGAGGAUGAGAAAGCAGGUAACGGGGAGUGUCAACUCAUAUUGAAGGAGUUGAAGCAAUGGUCACACCUACCAACUUGCAGAAACGAUCAUGAGUUUGAAGUAGUUGCCAGGGCUUGUGGGUACGGCGGGGAUGAUCUCAUUUCGUUACCAAUCUGGUAG